GUUUCUAUUCCAGUGCGAGGCUCGAGAUUAGGGUUUUUUCUUCUUUUUAUUUUCGAGAGAAUCACCAUCCGGAGGUUAAAGCGGCGGGAUCUCUCCCCGUCCACCUUGACAAAGAUCCCCUUCGUCUUGGCCCUCGCGCCGCCGUCGUUAGGGUUGUUGUACAUCUCAGGUACUUAAGAGAGAGAGAGAGAGAGAAAUGGCCAUCAAGGUGACCAAGGCCGAGAAGAAACUGGCGUACGACAAGAGGCUAUGCAGCCUCUUGGAUGAGUACAGCCAGGUUCUGAUCGCCGCCGCCGACAACGUGGGGUCCAACCAGCUCCAGAACAUCAGGAAGGGGCUCCGUGGGGAUUCAGUGAUCCUCAUGGGGAAGAACACCCUCAUCAGGCGUUGCAUCAAGUCUCACGCUGAGAGCACCGGCAACAAGAACUACCUUAACCUCCUCCCCUUGCUCGUCGGAAAUGUGGGGUUGAUCUUUACCAAGGGAGACCUCAAGGAAGUUAGCGAGGAGGUCGCCAAAUACAAGGUUGGAGCACCUGCUCGUGUUGGACUUGUGGCUCCCAUUGAUGUCGUCGUCCCCCCUGGCAACACUGGGCUGGAUCCCUCUCAGACCUCUUUCUUCCAGGUGCUAAACAUCCCCACCAAGAUCAACAAGGGUACUGUUGAAAUCAUUACCCCUGUUGAGCUGAUCAAGAAAGGAGACAAAGUGGGUUCCUCUGAGGCUGCCCUCCUGGCCAAACUUGGGAUAAGGCCCUUCUCAUACGGGCUUGUGGUUCUCUCUGUCUAUGACAAUGGAUCUGUCUUCAGCCCAGAGGUGCUCAACCUCACUGAGGAUGACCUCGUUGACAAGUUUGCAACUGGUGUUUCUAUGGUUGCUUCGUUGUCCUUGGCUCUCUCUUACCCAACUCUUGCAGCCGCGCCUCACAUGUUCAUCAAUGCCUACAAGAACGUCCUUGCUGUUGCUGUUGAUACUGAAUACACCUUCCCACAGGCUGAGAGGGUGAAGGAGUUUUUGAAGGAUCCGAGCAAGUUUGUUGUUGCUGCUGCCCCUGUUGCAUCUGCUGAGAAUGCUGCUGCUCCUGCUGCCAAGGAAGAGGAGAAGAAGGACGAGCCUGCUGAUGAGUCUGACGAUGACUUGGGCUUUAGUUUGUUUGACUAAGUUCUUUGUCAUCAAGGCAUAAAAGUUUUCUUGUUUGGUUUAGGGUGCUUCAGAUACUAAAAACUUAUUUGGCUUUUUAGAUUUAUGCGUUACCUAUGAGAAGCUAGGCUUCAAUACUUGAUUUUACAUGUUUUUGUUAGAAUUCUCGACUUGGUUUUGUUUAAUUUUUGGCUAGUUAAGUGUGGUGUUGAUUUUUUUUAA